GUCAAGAUUGAAACCGGUCAACCGAAUAUUUUAAGUAUUUAUACCGAAAAACGAUCAAGAAAGCACACGCCUUCGUGUUGCUCGUGGAGAUAUUUGGCUUGUAUUAUAAUCAACCGUCGCGAAGAGCGAACGUUAGUGGGUCCUUGUCACAGUUUGACUGAGACCGCAGACUAGUGUGGAUCGCAUACCGCUGCGAGUGUCUUAUUUGUACAUAUAUAUUGUCGCAGUAGUCAUAGAAUUAUAGCUCGCAAUCGGUAACUAGAUUUUGCGCAAACAAAUAAAAAGAUUUUUUUAAGAUAUGUCGCCUAAUAGUAACAACGGUUCAAUUUGUGACAACUUCAUCAGCCUCGACGAAGUAUCAACCAUCCUCGGCAAACUCUAUCCCUCGAGUAACGUGAAGAUCCUAAAUUACUUUCUCGAGCCGUUCUCCGAUGAGCCGUUCGGGUACUUGAGCAUGCACAACCUGCUGACCGUGGAGAUACUGGAUCCGGACGAGUCUCGAUCCAGCCAAUUGGAGGAGGCAAAAACCUGCACCCUCACUUUCUUUGUGAAAAGCAUGUUACCCUCUCCCACAGUGUGCCAAAAGCUGUUAUUCGAAGAGGAGUCCAAGUUUUUCCGCGAGGUCGUGCCGCAGCUGCUCGAAAACUACAAGUCGGAGUUCUGGGCAGCCGAAUGCUACCUAGCCAAGCAGAACGUGAUCGUCAUGGAAGACCUUAGGGUCCGAGGUUUCAAAAUGCCCUCCAUUCAUCUCUCAGAAAAUCAAUUGAUCCUGUCGGUGGCCAGUCUCGCCCGAUUUCACGCCUCGUCAAUGCUGCUGGAGGAAAAGCUUAAGGAGCCUCUGGACAAGGUAUAUCCAGGUCACUUCGAGGAGAAGCUUCUAAACAUCGAGGGUGUGGGCAAGAAAUGGUUGAUAACAGGAAUGGAGGCAAUCGAAGCCGUGGCCAAAUCCGUUCGUUUGGAUCCGACGAACUGCUGGUCGGCUUACAGAGAGAGCUUGGACAAGGUUAAACCUGUUCCGGGCCAGAAGAACGUUCUGUCGCACGGAGACACCUGGUGCAACAACAUGAUGUUCCGGGAGGGGAUGUACACCUGUCGACUGGUGGACUUCCAGAUGGUCACCUACAGGUUCUACGCCGUCGACCUCGUGCAGUUGAUCUACCUGAACGUCGAUCGCGACGUUCGAUGUGAGUUGGAGAACGACCUGAUUCAGGUUUACCGCAAAGUGCUGAACCAGUGUUUGAGAUCACACGGCUACGGAGGUCGACUCAUGAGUUCGGACGAAUUGGUCAAAGACGUUGAGGAGAUGAGGGUAGUCGGAAUGAUUCUGGCGGCGCUGAUCUUUCCGAUCGCUCUGUUGAACGGAGAACUGAAGGAGGAGUUCACGAAGGAUCCGGAGCAGCUGAAACGGUACAUGUACGUCAAUCGCAAGGAUUUCGUGUUGAGCGCUUUCGAGAAGAGCGACGAGUACAGAGACAAGAUCAUGGGCAUCGUCAAGGACCUCACGGAUUUUAUGAAUAGCCGUUAGUAGGCACCUCUGCGGUUUUUAUAUUCUUUGAUUUUGUGUGUAUUGUACACUUAUUUAUUUACAUCGCGAUGAUUAUAUGUUUUUUUAAGAAUUUUGUUUUUAUCCGCUGGCAAGAAAGCCCGACGAACCACGUCGGGAACUUGACCACUAAAUUGAUAUUGGAAUAAAACUGUGAUAUACUAUAAAAUCGCACAACGAAAGACAACAAUUACAGAAUCCGCAAGCUUGUU